AAUGGCUAAAAAUUCAACAAAGUUUGGAAAGAAAUUUCUUAGGCCAACAAUUCUUGAUGAAAUUCAUAAAAUUUUUAAAAAAUAUCCAUAUGAUGGCGGUAUUUUAAAGGAAAUGAUUCAGAAUGCUGAAGAUGCUGGAGCUAAAAAUGUUAGCUUUAUUUUUGAUUGUAGAACAUUUGAACAAAAAUCAAACUACGAAACUGAUGGACAAGCUUCACUUCAACAACUUCAUUCCAUUGUUUCUUUUAAUGAUGCUUGUGUUACUGAAGAAGAUUGGAAAGGCAUACAAUCAAUUGGUAUUAGUAAUAAGGAUAAAAAAGCUUAUAAAGUUGGUAGAUUUGGUUUAGGAAUGAAAUCACUUUUUCAUUUAACAGACUGUAUACAAAUUAUAAGCGGAGAAGAUGUUGUAUAUCUUGAUCCUUUAUGCCAGCAUUUUGACAAUGAAAUUCAUCAUUAUAAUCUUCAAGAAAUGCUUUCCAAAUGUCCUGAAAAGAGGAGGGAGUUGGAGGAAGCUACCAAAUUAGUAGCUGAUUAUGAUAUUAAAUAUGAUCAAAAUUAUCCUUUUACAAUGUUUCGUUUACCAUUAAGAAAUCAACCAUCUGAAGUAUGCAAUCAAGUUCUUUGUGAUUCAGAUGUUUAUGAUUUAUUUGAUCAGUUUAUCAAAGAUGGAUCCAAUAAUUUAUUGUUUCUUAAACAUCUUCAAUCCAUCAAGCUGUAUCAACUUUCAGAUUCUGGAUCAGAACUACUUAGUAGUAUAGAAAUUGAGUUAUCUGAAAAUAUUGAAGAGCAAAGAUCAAUUUAUAGAGAAGGCCUGGAAAAUUCCAAAUCAUUUCAAAUAUGCUAUGAUCCAUGUUUCAUCAUUCGAAAUGGAGAAAAAAUGAAAAUUGAGAAAUAUCUAGUUGUAAUUCAACAAAAUUUUGAUAAUUGUGAAAUUAAAACACUAUCAGAAAAACUUCACUAUCAGCCUUGUAUGGGUUUAGCUGCUCCUCUUGAUAAUUCACUUUUAGAUAAAGGAUCAUUAUUCACCUUUCUUCCAUUUAGUAUAAAUGUAAAAUUUCCUAUUCAUAUUCAUGGUUAUUUCGCUUUAAACGAUAGUAGAUCUGGUCUACAAUUCUCAAAGACAAUGAAUGAUGAUGAUUCCCAGUGGAAUAUUUUAAUACUUAAAAAUCUAUUACCAAAUGUUUACAAUCAAUUAUUUAUUUCUUUAUCAAAAUUUAAAUCAGUCGAUGAAAUUGUUAAAUUCUUUCCACCGAAAUCUUUGAAUGACCCUUUCUGGUCAAUAUGUUCAAAUGAAAUAAGCUCUGUGCUGCUUGAUUGUGAAUUCGUAUCGGGAUCAUUGAAAAAAACACAACCAAAAGAUACUAAAUUUAUUGUUGAUGGCCACUACGCUAAAUUCAAAAUUGAAAUUCUGAAAGUGUCAAAUAUAAAUUUUGUUGUUCUUAAAAGAGAAACUCUACAGAUAUUGCAAACUUUUUUUACAGAUUGUUUCGAACAUGAAGUUGAAAUAAGAAAUGUAAUUCUUUACUUACAGGAAAAGAAAUCUUGGAAAACUAUUAUUUCAACUGAAACAAAGCUUGGAAUUCUUGAAUAUCUGUUAGAAUCAAAUUUAGAUGUCUCAAAUAUGGAACUUAUUCCCAUAGAACAUCCAGAAUGUAAGAUAUCUUUCAGGACAUUUGACAGUAGUUGUUAUUGUAGUGACAUCUAUUAUCCAUCAAACAACUUGAAUGUAAUAUUGAAUGGCAUGGGAAUUGAUUUUAUUGCCAGAAAUUCUUUAACAGAUAAAUGUAAAGGACUAAUUGAAAAAAUGGCCUUAAAACAGAUGUUUCAACUAACGGUAAUGGAACUGUCUACCUUUCUAUCACAUGUAGAGAAAGUGACUCUUAAAGAAAACUUUCAAAAUUCUGAUUGGCUUAAAAUAUUCAUCAACUAUAUAUUAAAUGAAAAUGCUAGUAUCAUUGCAGGAAAAUUUGAUCAUCUGCCUCUGUUAAGACUAACAACAAAUGGAAAAGAUUAUAAGAGCUUCCCAGUGAAAAAUCUUCCAGCAAUUUUUGACAAACAAGUAAAAAAGAAAGACGAAAAAAAGAUUUUACAAACAUUUGGUAUGAUUUUGGUUAGAAAUGUUUCAAAGGUAUCUGCACCUUUUUUAACCAUAAGAGAAUCAAAUAACAAGCAUAUAAUAUUCAAUAAUGUUUGUGAAGAAUUAUUUCAAAAUCUAUUCUCCAGUGAUUUUUUAAACACUGGUCAGCAUUUAUCAAAUUUAUUUGAUCAAAUGGAAUAUCCAACUGCAAUGGAUUUAUUAAACUAUCUUCAUUUAAAUGUUAAAAGUAUUGAAAGAUUAUCUGCAAAGGUUCAAACUCAUUGGAAAGAACUAAAAAUUUUUCCCUUAUGCUCUAGUAGUUUAAGUAAAUUUGAAAAUGAUCUAUGUAAAAUUGGUUUAAAGUCAACUCUAAGUGAAGAAAUUUUGAUUAAAUUUUUUGAAUAUGUUAUUAGAAAUAAUGACUUUGCUUUAAGUAGAAUUCUUCAAAAUUACAUCAUUGAAAAGAAUAUAACAAUUCAAUCAGAAUUGAAGUGGAUAAGCAAUAUUGAAAGUCAUCUUAAAGUGUAUCCAAAUGGGAUUGAUUGGUUUGGUAAAAAGAAAUGUUUAUACGAUCGACAUUCCGUUUUUAGUGACAAUCUGUCAUUGUUGGUUGGAGGUGUACAACCAGUUAUUCCUAACAAACUGUAUCAUUUGUUAAAAUGUGAUUCCACAUUGUCAAAGGGUAUUGUAAAAAACCAAUUUUGGAAUAUUCAGUCACAAAUACAUCGAGUAAGUGGUAAAGAUAUGGAAAAAGCUGAAAGAAUAAUUAAAAUGCUUUAUAAUCAAAUCAAUUUGUAUGAAGAUUGGGUGUCCGAAUUCAAAAAUCAACAAUGUGCCUGGACAGGAAAAGAGUUUGUUCAUCCUUCAAAAAUCAUUCUUAAUAAUAGAAAUAUUCAAAUAGAACCUUAUAGAUUCUAUCUUCCUAAUAACUUUAUAGAAUUUAAAGAGUUCUAUUCAAAAUGUGGAGCCAAAGAAGACAUGGAUUGUAUAAAUGUGCUGUUGGAAAUUAGUGUAAACCCUCCUUCAACCUGUAAAAAUGGUAUUAGCAUAUGUUCAGAUAUUUUGAACUCUAUUCAAGAUGCUAAUUCUCAUGAAUUAAAGAAUAUAAUGAUUCCAGUAGAAAGAACAAAUUCAUCUACCUUUUCUAUGAAACCACUGAGCAUGUGUACCCAAGCAGCUGCUUCACGAUUUACUGGAAAAGAUGACGAUUGCUAUAUCAUUGAAUUUGAUGAGAAUAGAUUCAGUUAUAUAAUUCAUAAUCAACUAACACUUAGCCAGGAUACAAUAAAAAUCCUGGAUAUUCGGACCAUUAAUGAAUCGUUAUUGGAAUUUGAAGAUUGGACUCAAUCUGAAAAUUUAUGUCGUAGAUUGAAACAAUUGAUUUCAGAAUACAAAGAUGGAAUUGGUCCAAUUAAAGAGCUUAUACAAAAUGCUGAUGAUGCUAGAGCAACAACAGUCAAAAUUCUGUUGGAUGAAAGAUCUUCAUCGGUUGAAGACGAAAGUAAAUAUUUCAUUGGUCCAUCCAUUUGGGUCUACAAUGAUGGAUUAUUCAGUGAAAGUGAUUUUGAUGCAAUAAAAUCUAUUAAUUCUGGUCAUAAAGAGUUAAAAAAGUCAACAAUUGGAAAAUUUGGUAUUGGAUUUAAUUCUGUAUAUCAUUACACAGAAACACCAUCAUUUAUAUCGGGUAACAGCUACGUUAGAUUUGAUCCCCAUGCUCAAUACUCUGGAAGCCUUUCAAAGCAACAAAGAGGAGGUUAUCGAAUAAAAUUGAAUGAAUCCAAAUUAAAACCAUUAAAGAGAUUAUUGUCACCUUUCGAAGGAAUAUUUAAUUGUAAAGUACCAUCUGAAUCUAGGUUUGAUGGAACGCUAUACAAGCUUCAAUUGAGGAGUGACGAACAAGCUUUUAAAUCUUUAAUUUCUAAAAACUCCUACAAUUCCGAAGAUAUAAAAGAAUUAAUAAACAUUGUACUUGAAUUAUCCAGUGAUCUUCUCAUAUUUACUCAAUGUAUAUGCGAAUUUCAAAUGUUUCAUAUAAAUUCUUCAGGAGACCAAAAGGAAAUUAUUAGUGUGAAAAAAACACUUCACGAUGCACUUGAUGCCAAAUCUCUUCAAAUUGAAAAUAUACCAAAAUGUUUAAAGGAACAGGAAGAAUAUAUAAAAGUAAUACAACAUACAAGUAUCCUAUUUGAUCCCAAUGAAUCACAGACAGUUGUUAUUAUAAAAAUAGAUAAGAAGGUGGGUUCAGCUUUUCAAUAUUUGAAUGAUGGCUCCGAGAUCAAUCAAUCGUAUCUUUGGCUUAUUGGACAAGUAAAAAUUACAAAUAUGUUACAAGAAUUGGAGAAAAGAGGAAAUAUAGCUAUUGGAGGAGUUGCAAUGAGUUUAACAAAGAAUAUUUCGCGCAAUAAUUCUUUAUUUUGUUUCCUUCCACUUCCAAUUUCUUCGCAUCUUCCUUUUCAUUUGAAUGGGUCAUUUGCAGUAUCUCAUGACCGAAGAAACAUUAUUAGAGAUAGUAAAGGAGAUAAACAUUUACUUGAACACGAAUGGAACAGUUUACUCUUUGAAAGAGUAAUUACAUCAGCUCUUAUAGAUACCUUUUUUGCACUGAGAACAAUCAUUGGGAAUGAUGAAUGUUACUGGUACAGUCUAUUCCCAACAUUAAAUAGUUCUACUGAUCAAUUCAUUGAAAAGCUCAUAAAAAAUUUUUAUAGAGAAAUGAUUAAAUCUUCUAAUCAUUGGUUUAUGUAUCAGAUGAAAUGGUUUGAGUCAAACAAUAUACUAUUCUUAAGCGAGGAACUUUAUAAAAUGGAACAAUUUGAAAAUAUUGAUAUACAUUCUAUUGCAUUUGAUCUUUUUCAAUUGCCAUUUCCUAAAAUACCUUCAAAUUUACGAAAUACUAUUGAAGAAUGCGAGAAAGAUUUUUUUAGGAAAAGAAUAAUUGAUACUGAAACAUUUUAUUCAAAUAUUGUUGCGAGGAGCGAUUCGAUUAAUUGCCAACAUUUUGAUUUAAUCAUUAGAAAUGGACUUAAACUUUUCCAUUCAAAGAUAAAUCAUAUAUUGAAACAAGCAAAGUGUAUUAGAACAAAACCAAAUGGCGUUUUAAAAUUACCUGGAGAAGUUGUUUUUGAAAAUUCUAAAUUAUCAUCUCUCUUCGAUUUUGAAGAGAAUCGAUUUUGUGAAUGGAACAAAGAAGAUAUUGAGAGUUUGAAAAAUGAACUUUCUUCCAUUGGGAUGAUAUCUUCUCAAUUGACUGUACAACAGAUUAUUGAAAGGUGCAAGGUACUUGAAAAGCAUAGAAAAGAUAAGAACUUUAUUGAUAGAGGACAUUUGAUAUGUUCAGUUAUUGAAGAAAUGACUGCCUCGGGGACAAAUAUGUUGGAUGAACAACUUGAAAAUCUAAGCAAUAUUUCAUUCAUACCAAUAAAAGUAAAACCAGAAAAUUGGAUAUUAGACUGGCAUGAUGAUGGUGUCACUUAUUUAUAUUCUCCUAAGGCAACUAGAAAAUGUGAUUUUCGAUUGGUAGCCUUUGUAAAACCAUCUGUUAAUAACUUAAGGAAAUCAUUAUCAAUCAUAUGGAAAGUUUUCAAUAUUAAAGAGCCAACUACUGAAGAAGUGUUGGAUAAUGUCAAGAUUCUUCAAAAUAUAAUUUUUCUGAACAAGUAA